AUGAUGCUUCAGAGCUUUAGCCGUGAAGAAGUUACAACCCUCGAAAACUGUGUGCCUUUUAUAGGUCUAGGGUGCCAACUCAACAAAAAGUCACGGCCAGCGCCCUUUUCUGGGGCACCCAGGCGCCAUGAAUUAAGCUCCAACAGCGAGUCCAGGGGCGGCCAGUGCCCUCUAGGGGGCGCCCAACGCCCUCUGGGGGCGCCCAGGCGUGACAAAUCAGGGAAAACAAUUCCUAUGCUCAAUGGACUUGGCAUUUCUGCAUCACUUGGAGAGAUCGAGCAAGGUGGAUUUGUUCCACUGCAUGAGGAUGAUGCCAAUGAAAUAGUAAUGGUGAUUAAAGGUCAACUUGAUGUUGGAAUCUUGAAACCUCGGAAAGCUUUUCGCAAUACACUCAUACCGGGAAAUAUUUUCCUUUUUCCAAAAGAACUGCUUCAUUAUCUUAUCAAUUCUGGUCCUGGGAAAGCCGUUUUUGCUGCCGCUUUUAGUAGCCCUAACCCUGUAUUUCGUUUACUUUAUGAAGAACUGUUCGCCAACGACGUCCCUAGCCGCAUCCUUUCCCAAGUUAUCUUCCUUGAUAAACACCAAGUCAGGAAGUUCAAGGCUCGUUUCAACGGCACCGGCUAG